AUUAUUUUUACAUGCUUGUAUUGGCACUUUUACCCAAGGAAAUGAUCCCAACACCUCUUUCAUCGCUGAACCUGGGUACAUUUAUUGUCCCAGAGGACUUUGCCGUGUAAAUGAAAAGAAAACCACUCGAGUGUGUCACAUCAACCAAAGAGUGUUGAGCAAAGAUGUGUUGGUGAAGAAGAAGAGGUAGCCGAAGGUUUGAGAGGUGAGCGGAGGAGACAGACAAGCAUCCCGUGACAGCACCAGGGAGCAGCGGUACACUUCCACAAGCCCUGCAACCUUUGGUGCUUUCAGAGAGAAGAAGAACGCGGAUGAGAAAAUAUCCCAGAAUCCUUUGUGCCAUUAGACGAGAAGGACAUUAUUCCGGAGAGGACACGGUGCUAAAAAAUCUUCAAGUAUAAACCGCAGCGAUGUCUGAGACCAUCCAAGAUAAGAUCCAGAACUACAGGACCGCUCCUUUUGACGCCCGUUUCCCCAACACAAACCAGACCCGCAACUGCUACCAGAACUACCUGGACUUCCACCGCUGCAACAAAGCUCUGUCGGCCAAAGGCCAGGAUGUGUCUCCUUGUGACUGGUACCAGAGAGUCUAUAAGAGCCUUUGUCCCACAAGCUGGGUGGGGAAGUGGGACGACCAGAUGGAGAGUGGAAGUUUCCCAGGGAAAAUCUAAAGCUGUUGUUGAACAACGUAUUCCACUCCAGGAUCUUCUCUUUGUGUUUCUUUAGUAGUCGAAGAACAUGUGAACCCAUCCACCAACAUGGUCAUCAUCGUCACAGAUGUUACUUACUCAAACUUGUAACUUAUGCUUGUAAACACGCACAACCCUUUUCCUUUAUGUUUAAGGUCAAAGGUUUGUUUCCAGAAUCUAUUGUCAGCUAUUGUUCUUCAGCAUUGUGUGAAUAAAGACAAUGCAGAUUAAA